AUGAGAAAUACCGUAUGUGUUUUAGUCAUCAUUCUGCUCUGCACCUCCUGGGGUAAGAAGACCCGGUGGUGUACGGUAUCGGAGCAGGAGCAGAGAAAAUGCGCGGAGCUGGCGAAAGCCCUGGUGGCUGUUUUACCGCCGGCAGCGGUCGCUGCUUUCGCCAGGCUUUCCUGCGUAAGGGCGUACAGCACCGCGGACUGCAUCAACAAGAUCCGGGCUAACCGCGCUGAUCUUGUCACACUGGACGCUGGAGAAGUCUACACGGCUGUAAAGCAGUUUGGCCUCACUGCGGUCGCCAAGGAGAUCUACAGCGAUGGCGGCUGUAUCCUGGCCGUGGCAGUGGUGAGGAACAGCAGUAUGCUGGACAUGCGUUCCCUGCAGGGCAGACGGAGCUGCCACAGUGGGGCGCGGUGGACGGCCGGCUGGAGUCUGCCCCUGGGACACCUGCUCUCCCGCAACUACCUGCCCUGGACCGAGGACCAGCCUCUCAGCCACGCUGUUAGCAGCUUCUUCAGCGCCAGCUGUGUGCCAGGAGCUGCUUCCAUGGCGAUCAGUCUGUGCUCUCUGUGCCAAGGGCAGAAGUCCUAUGUCCGUCACAGGAACUUCCACUGCGAGACAUCACACAGUGAACCGUAUUACCACAACCAGGGAGCUCUCAGGUGUCUGCAGUCUGGGACAGGAGAGGUGGCGUUUGUGGAUCACACAGUUCUGAGCAGCAUUGAUGAGAGUGAAUGGGAUGAGUACAGGUUGCUGUGCACUGAUGGAACCCGUGCUCCUCUGAGUCAGUACAGGAAGUGCAAUCUUGGGCGUGGCCCAGGAGGGGGCGUGGUUACGCGAAUGAACUACCGCAAGACAGCCCGGAAGUUUCUAACUGCUGCUCAGCUGGCGUUCGGCUGGCGUGGGAGAGAGAGGCAGCGUUUCCUGCUCUUUGAGUCAGAGCCAUAUGGGUCCAGUGACCUGCUCUUCAGGGACGUGACGGACAAACUGGCCAUUCUCCCUGACAACAUGGACAUCAGUCAGGUACUGGGCCUGGACUACGUCGCUCUGCUCAAAGGCCUGGGACAUGAAGGCAGUUCUCUAGAGGACAGCGUGGUUCGCUGGUGCUGUAUCAGUCAUGCGGAGCAGAGGAAAUGUGAACAGUGGGCUCUGAGCAUUAAGUCCGACCCACUGGUGUGUGUGAGAGCCUCAUCCAUGAGCGACUGUAUCGAGAAGAUAAAGAGAGAUGAAGUGGAUGCCGUCUCGUUGGAUGCCACUCAUGCAUAUAUAGGAGGGAAAUGUGGUCUGGUGCCCGUGGUGACUGAGUACUAUGGUGAGAAGUGUGUUUCCGCUGAGGGGGGGUCGGCUCAUUUCGAGAGUGACGACUUGCCGUCCGUGUUCGGUGUGGCAGUGGUGCGUCAGUCCAGUAGAAGUGUGAAUUUUGGGAGUCUGGGGGGUAGACGCUCUUGUCAGGGCCACAUGUACGGCCCGGCAGGCUGGGUGCUGCCCCUCAAAUACACGCUCAGCGUAGAACACAACACCAGCGCCCCCUGUGAUCCAAACUCAGUGUACGCGGGUGUGUUCUGGAAGGGCUGCCUCCCGGGAGCACAGGGUAACCUGUGUAAGGUGUGUGUGGGCGGGACAGAGGAGGCGGCGACCAAACGGUGCGCUGACAACCACAACGAGCGUUACUACGGUAACAUGGGAGCUCUAAGGUGUCUGGUGGGAGACCCCAUCGGUAAAAGCUAUGGAGACGUGGCUUUUCUGGAACACCACAGCCUGGAGAGCAAUAUAUUACUUCUGAACUCCAGCGGCUGGGCGGAGGGUUGGGUUGCCUCGGACUUCGAGCUCCUGUGUGGGGACGGCCGUCGUGCGCCCCUGGCUGACUGGAAGAGCUGUAACCUGGGAGCUAUCCCACCCAACGUUGUCAUGACCCGACCGGUCCUGACCGCACGCGUCUAUGAUUUCCUAAUGAAGUCACAGGAGACACUGUCGACCGCCCUGGGAUCUGGGUUCCGGUUGUUUGAGUCUAGUGAGUACGGGGAGAGUGACCUGCUCUUUAAAGACUCCACCCAGUGUCUGGUCCAUACCAGUCAUGUGGAUUACCGCACCAUACUGGGAGAGGAGUUCCUCACACAGGCUGAAGCCAUCUUCAACUGCACACACUCAGACAUCUUGGAAUUCUGUCAUCAGGAUGUGUGCAGCAUAUUCUGA